CAAAAUCAAAUGCCUCAUGCACAUGCUCCCAGCCUGUGCUCGUUAUCACUUACUGGAGUCUGCGCCCGAUGUCGAUGCAGAUUCGGUCAGCUUCCAAUUCACACGAAGAUCAUCCUGUUCCAGGGGUUUUAAGGACGAGCGCACUCCAGGGGAUGUUACCGACUCGGAACUGGAGCCCCGCCCGGGGGACGAGAACUUUCACAGAUAUAUAAAGGCUAUAACGGCCAUUAAAUCACACAUCCAUCUCACUCAUCGAACGUCAUGACAAAACGCAUUCUCUUUGUUUUCACAUCUGCAAACCAAACGUUGACAGGUGCCAAUACGGGAUGGUACCUUCCUGAAGCCGCCCAUCCUUACUAUGUCCUCGCGCCUCAUUUCGCUAUCGAUUUUGCCUCUCCUGCGGGUCCUAAUCCGCCUGUGGAUGAAUCCAGCGUCCAGAUGUUCCCGGACGACAUAGGCAAAUUCCUCGAAACCCCCGAGGCCCAGAAGAAGCUCUCGACAGCUAAAAAGCUCUCCGAUGUUAAUCCCGAUGAUUAUGAUGCGAUUUUCUAUGUAGGGGGCCAUGGUCCUGUCUUGGAUUUGGCAGUGGAUCCUGUCAAUAUCCAGCUUGCGUCUAAAUUCUACCGUGUUGGAAAAUUGGUCGCCGCUGUUUGCCAUGGACCAGCUGCCCUUGUUGGCGCGACUGACGAGUCUGGCAAAUCCAUUUUUGCUGGCAAACCUGUCACUGGCUUCUCAAAUGUUGAGGAAGAGCAGGUCGACAAAGUGAAGGAUAUACCAUUCUUGUUGGAAGACAAGAUUUCCAGUCUUGGGGGCAAAUAUGAGAAAGCAGCGGAACCUUGGGAGCCCAGGGUCGUCGUUACUGGUAACCUGAUCACAGGGCAAAACCCGGCUUCAGCUCAUCCGAUUGCAGAGGCCAUUCUCCAAGCCUUGCAGAAAUAAGUGGAAGUAGAAUCAUUCUGAAAGCGGACUCUAGUCGUAUCUUGAGUAGAUGCACGAGAAUAUUAAAAAUUAGUACAAAUUUUCGCGGGUACAACCUACAACUGUAUUAAAUAUAGGCUACAGACAUGUUCCAGCCCCUUUUUAGUGUGAAGCCAUCUAGGGCGUCUUUUGCGGUCGAUGCAAGUUCGGGGGAGUCGAAGAAAACUUGAGCCAUCUUUACGCUCGCACCAGCGGCAUUUGGAGUUGGU